CUCUCUCUCACACACACACACACAGACACACACACACACACACAGCAGGAAAAUGGCAGAAGCCAGUAUUUCAGUAAAUCAGGAUCAGUUCAUCUGUGCAGUGUGUCUGGAUCUCCUGAAGGAUCCUGUAGCUAUUCCUUGUGGUCACAGUUACUGUAAGGUGUGUAUUAAUAGCUGCUGGAAUCAGGAGGACAUGAAGAGCAUCUACAGCUGCCCCCAGUGUAGAGAAACUUUCACUCCGAGGCCUGUUCUACGCAGGAACAACAUGCUGGCUGAAGUGGUGGAGAAACUGAAGAAGACUGAACUCCAAGCUGCUUCUCCUGCUCACUGUUACACUGGACCUGCAGAUGUGGACUGUGAUUUCUGCACUGAGGGAAAACACAAAGCUGUCAAGUCCUGUCUGGUGUGUCUGGCCUCGUAUUGUGAAGAACAUCUUAAACCUCACUAUCAGUCUCAGGCUUUUAAGAAGCACAAAUUAGUUGAAGCCUGUGUAGAUCUCCAAGAGAAGAUCUGCUCUCAGCACAACAAACUGAUGGAGAUCUACUGCCGUACUGACCAAAGCUUCAUCUGUUACUUGUGUAUGAUGGAUAAACAUAAAGGCCAUGAUACAGUUUCAACUACUGCAGAAAGAAGUAAAAAACAGAAUGAACUAAAGGAGGAGCAGAUUAAAUCCCAGCAGAGGAUCCAGGAGAAGCAGAAGAAGGUGCAGGAGCUGAAACAGACUGUUGAUACUAUAAAGAAGCGUUCACAGGCAGCAGUAGAUGAUAAUGAGAAGAUCUUUAAUGAGGUGAUCAGCUCCCUGGUGAAAAGGUGCUCGGAGGUGACGGAGCUGAUCAGAUUUCAGGAAAAAGCUGAUCUGAGUCGAGCUGAACAACACCUGAAACAUCUGGAGCAGGAGAUCACUGAUCUUCAGAGGAGAGUCAGUGAUCUGGAGCAGCUUUCACACACACCUGAUCACAUCCACUUCCUCCGGAGUUUCCCGUCUCUCUGUGUUUCUCCUGGAUGUGACGACUCACCCAGCUUCACUGUCAACCAACAUCUCUCAUUUGAUGGAGUGAGGAAAUCUGUCUCAGAUCUGAAAAAACGAGUCGAGGAGAUCUGUCAGGAGGAAUUCAACAAAAUCCGUCCACAAGCUGCAGCAGUUCAGAUGAUUUUCUCAAAACCAAAGAGCAGAGCAGAUUUUCUGCAGUAUUUCUGUUAUCUGACUCUGGAUCCCAACACAGCACAUCCUCAACUCAUUCUGUCUGAGAAGAACAGAGUCGUGACACGCAGUGAUACAAAACAGCGAUACUCUGAUCAUCCAGAGAGAUUUGACUCCUGGUCUCAGGUGUUGUGUAAAGAGAGUGUGUGUGGACGCUGUUACUGGGAGGUGAAGUGGAGCAGUGUUGUGUACAUAUCAGUCUCAUAUAAAGAGAUCAGCAGGAAAGGAGAAGGUGAUGAGUGUGGGUUUGGAUGCAACAGUCAGUCCUGGAGUCUGGUGUGUUCUUCUUCCUCUGUCUCUUUCUGGCACAACAACAUUAAAACUGCACUCCGAGGUCCAGCGUCCUCCAGAAUAGGAGUGUAUGUCGAUCACAGUGCAGGAACUCUGUCCUUCUACAGCAUCUCUGAUACGAUGAGGCUCCUCCACAGAGUCCAAACCACAUUCACUCAACCUCUAUACGCUGGAUUCUGGAUGGGUUAUAACACAGUUAUGAGGUUUUGUGAUUGAAAAUGAACUGCAUGUAAAAGUGUUUAAUAAAAUUAUAACUGAGGAGUCAGAUUUCAUUUCUCCCUGAACUUCAGUAAUUCUGUUUGCAGAAUAUGUAGAAUGUAGGAUGUUUCUAGAAUGAAGGUAAAGCUACAGAGAUGUUUCCAGGCCGCGUUCCUCAUGAUUGUGAUAAAUGUUUAAAAUAACAGCGAGAGAGAGAGAGAGAGAGAGAGAGAGAGAGAAAAAAUGAAUAAAAUGAAGGACAAUAUUCAGGAGACUGCUGAAGUAGUGACUCUCAUGCCAAAGCUUCUCGACUUUACCUUUAUUUUAUUUUAUUUUAUUUGCUUCUGAUUAACUCGUGAUGAUCUGUGACAAGCAGAAUAGACUGGGGUGUCCUAAUACUUUUGGUCUAACUUUUAUGAUGAUUUUUUAUGACGAUUGUAUGAAUCAUUUGUUUGUGUCAAAACAGAAUCUAUGUUCAAGUCAAAUUCAUAACAAAAAGUUUAGCUUCAAUUUCCUAAUAUUUUUUGGUAAUUUUAAAUGUAUGUAUCUGUAUGUUUUUAUUUUAUUUCUAUUUGUUUGUUUAUUUACGGACAAUACGCUAGAAAUUAUUACACACUGAUGUCAUGUACAUAGUGCAUGUAGCAUAAAGCUGGUUUGUGGCUUUCGUCCCUCGUUAGACUUUUACAUAAAGACAAAACAACCGAACAAUCACAAAAAAACAAAACAAGUACAAAUAAACGAGUGAAUAUAAAUUAGUGCUGCAACUAACGAUUAUUUUUCUGAUUAAUCGGAUAAAAAAAAAUGUGAAUAAGCCGUUUUUCUGAUCAUAAAUAUAUAAAACUCUAAUUCAGGGUGUUUAUGUAUAAAAGUGCACUUUAAAAAAUGCAAAAGCCACAUAUUGAGUUUAACUACCUUUAUUUUGGACAUUAUAAUGUUUAUAGAAGCUGCUUGUGGAGGAGUGAAUGCGUGAUUUCACCUUUAAACAAAUUCACUCAUGUUGGAUUGUUUCUUUCUGUAAAAAAUAAAUAAAUAAAGCAUUCAAUUAUGCAAGAU